AUGGCAAUCCCCACAAAGUUGCCUUUCUCCAAGCGGCGGCUCCGACCACGCGUGAUCAUUUCCUACAUCUUCGACUAUGUGAUUCUCAUUGCCUGCGUGAUCGGAUUCUGGAUCGUCGAUUCCAUCGAACCCUACCAUCAACACUUCUCCCUCCAGAACAUCUCCAUCCAGUACCCCUACGCCGUGCACGAGCGCAUCCCCAUCGCCUACGCCCUCUGCAUCUCCGGCGCUUUCCCCCUGGCCCUGAUUAUAAUCUACACCCUCUUCAUCGAUGGCUUGUUCUCGCACAAUAAGCCCCAGGAUCCGAAUUCCGGCAAGCGGAAGCUCAGAGGCCCUCACCGAUGGAAGGACAGACUUUGGGAAAUGAACUGUGGUGUCUUGGGUCUCCUCUUGGCGCAAGGCAUCACCUUUGUGAUCACGCAGGCGCUAAAGACCGCAUGUGGCAAGCCUCGACCUGAUUUGAUUGAUCGCUGCCAACCGCUGGCAGGCAGCAAGGAUCUCUUCCCCGGACUGUCGAACUCGACAAUUUGCACGGGCGACCCGGCAAUUAUCAAAGAUGGAUUCCGAUCAUGGCCAUCAGCGUCCUUUGCUGGUCUAGUCUACACGUCCCUCUGGCUCGGUGGAAAGCUACACGUCAUGGAUAACCGCGGCGAGGCGUGGAAACCCCUCCUCGUCAUGGUCCCACUGCUCGCCGCGACCCUCGUUGCAGUGUCGCGCAUCAUGGACGCCCGUCACCACCCCUUCGAUGUGAUCACCGGAUCGAUGCUGGGAACCGUCUGCGGCUACGUUUCCUACCGCCAGUAUUUCCCACCGAUCACCGAAGCCUGGCGCAAAGGCCGCGCCUAUCCAAUCCGCACCUGGGGCACUGAGCCCGCGGGCCCCGACGCCGUCCGGCUUGUUAAGGAGGACAGCAGGACCGCGCUUCGCAAUCCGGAGGAAGAGCGCAUGGAUCCUGACAUCCCCAGGUCGGAACGCAGCAGACCCGAGGAUUCGACGUACCUCAAUUCCUCGAAUCCUUUCGCCUCGAACAUGUACAAUCGCCGACCGCAUGAUCACGACCCUGAUAGCGGUGCUUGGUCUUCGAGUGAAGAUGAUGUUGCUAACAAUGGGUAUGAGAUGCGUCAUGGGUAUUCUAUGUCGCAGAACCCUGCCGGUCACCAUCUCCCCCAGUACGACCCCAGUAAUGCGUAUGUGUCUCAGACGCAGCCGCUUACCACCGAGACGAUGGCGGGUCCGGGACGGCCGUUGACGGACGCUCCUGGUCGAGCCGUUUAG